UGCUCAGUGUGAUAUGAAGCCCUAUGCAAAUCAAAACACGUGUGAAGCCACGCUGAGGAGAAAUUACGCGCCCGGUGCGCACUAAGCGUCAGUCGGCCCCAAACAGAACAACUUCAAACUUUCAACAGCUUAAUAAAUAUAGUUUUAGCAAUUAAUCAAGAAGCAGAAUAGAGAGAUUGUGGUCACUUAUCACAUGGUCCAAGUACGUAUAGGUUAUAUUGUAGGCUACAGGCUGGACGGAAACGGAUCGGUUUUAGAAAUGGACCCUAAGGUGGAGUGAUAGGAAAAAAACUUUGUGCGCUCUCGUUGAAUUAACAAAUAUAUAGCCUAUGUGUCAUGUCGGAGAUAAAUAAUUCAGCGGAGCUUGACAUUCACCCUGAAACUGAGGAAUGUCCUGCGGAAGAUUCAUUUGGCUUUGGCGAUGAUCUGGAGUUAAAUCAGUUCGAUGGAUUGCCCUUUUCCUCACGUUACUACAAAUUACUAAAAGAGAGGAAGACUCUGCCAGUGUGGAAGGUCAGGUGCGAGUUUGAAGAUGCUCUGGUAAACAACCAACUGGUUAUUGUGUCUGGAACAGCAAAGACUGGGAGGAGUACACAGAUCCCUCAGUGGUGUGCAGAGUUCUGUCUGUCUGCUCAGUACCAGCAUGGCAUGGUUGUGUGCACACAGACCAACAGACAGCAGGCUGUAGAUCUGGCCUUGCGGGUGGCUGAUGAAAUGGACGUCAACAUAGGCCAUGAAGUGGGUUACACCAUCCCUCUGGAGACCUGCUGCUCCUCCGACACUUUUCUGAGGUACUGCACUGACGACAUGCUGCUGAGAGAGAUGAUGUCAGACCCUUUUCUGGAGCACUACGGGGUCGUUAUCAUUGACCAGGCCCACGAGAGGACAUUUAACACAGACGUACUGCUGGGUCUCCUCAAGGACAUCCUGCUGCAGAGGCCUGAGCUCAGAGUGGUGGUCCUCGCCAUCCCACCCAUGACUGACAAGCUGCUGAGCCACUACGGCAGCAUCCCGCUCAUCAGUCUGGAGGCCUCAUCUCCUGCUGAGGUGGUCCACAGCAACAGUGGCAACAAAGACUACUUCUACUCAGCACUGAGACUGGUGCUGGAGAUCCAUCGAACCAAAGAGGACGGAGAUGUUGUUGUGUUUUUUGCCUCAGCUGAGGAGGUUCAUUGUGCCCACAGCAUCCUCCAGAGAGAGGGCAGCAGGUUGGGAGCGGAGCUGGGCCAGAUGGUGUCUGUGGUCCUGUGCCCAGGCAAGGGAGGGCUACUGCCUGUUCUGACUGAGCAACCAGACUCCAAGAGGUCCAGAAGGGUUUUCCUCUCUACCCAACAGGGGGAAGAUAUGUGGUGGCCUACAGAGUCUGUCAACUUUGUCAUUGACACAGGAGUCCAGAAAAAGAUGGUGUACAAUCCAAGAAUAAGAGCUAACUCAGAGGUACUUCAACCCAUCAGUCAAGGUCAGGCAGACUUACGUAAGCAGCUGUCUGGACCAACAGGUAAAUGUUUCUGCCUGUAUCCUGAAGACAGCCAGCUUCCUGCAGAGAAAUCCCCACAGAUCUUGGAGUCCAACAUUACACCAGCAGUCCUUUUCCUAAAAAGGAUGGAGAUAGCCAGCCUUGGACAGUGUGAUUUCAUCGACAGACCAGAUCCCGAGGGACUCAUGCAGGCAUUGGAGGAGCUGGAUUACCUUGCAGCUUUAGAUGAUGAUGGCAACUUGUCUGAGAUUGGUAUCAUAAUGUCUGAGAUGCCUCUGGACCCUCAGAUGGCCAAAGCACUGGUAGCAUCCUGCGAGUUUGACUGUGUGAGUGAGAUGCUGACGAUCGCGGCAAUGCUGUCAGCACCAAGCUGCUUCCAAGAGCCACCUGCUGGCAUGACUCAUGAGGCAGUCCAGUGUCACAGAAAGUUCCAGCACCCUGAAGGCGAUCACUUCACCCUCAUAAACAUCUACAAUGCCUUCAAACAAAGCCAGAGAGAACAAUACUUAAGUGCUGAAAAGUGGUGCCAGGACUAUUUCCUGGAUCAUUCGGCCCUGAAGACAGCUGAAGCCAUUAGAUCAGAGUUGACUGACACUCUGAACAGGAUCGAACUUCCCAUCUCUGAGCCCUCCUUUGGAACCAGGAACAACACCCACAACACGAAAAGAGCUCUGCUUGCUGGGUUCUUCAUGCAGAUUGCUCGCGAUGUGGACGGAUCAGGGAACUACUUCAUUCUGACCCACAAGCACAUGGCCCAGGUGCACCCGCUCUCCAGCUACGGGGCUCAGUCACAUAAGCUGGGGCUGCCAGAGUGGGUUGUUUUCCACGAGUACACCCUGUCCGAGAACAACUGCAUGAGAACAGUCUCUGAAAUUUCACCUCAAGUGUACAUUCAAAUGGCACCACUGUACUUCUUCUACAAUCUGCCCCCUAGUGAAAGCAAAGACAUACUGCAAGACAUGUUAGACCCAGAUGGAUCCAGAAAAUGUAAAGACGAGAAACAAAAAGCCACCGCAAUCAGCAGCGAUGCCAACAGCGGCUGUGCAGUGGUGCCGCAGACUUACGACAGAUGUGUGAUUCAAUGAUGUGAUAUCAUAAAUGUGAAAAUCUGGGCUGUAAUGUUAUCACCAAAUGCAUUUAUGCUUGUAAAAUGUUUAUAGUCAAUGCAAAUCAGGGACUGUAAUAUUAAGUUAUUACAUUGCUUAAAAGUUGUUCUGAUGGUUGAAGGUUGAUUCCAUCACAGUGACCUUUUCAGAAGGUGAAGGUGCUGUCUAGUGAGUUGAACACCUUGUAUUAGUUGUGGUCCAAUACAACAUUGCCAGUACAUUUUUUUUCCUGAGUGCUAGCAUCUGAAGAAGUUUGCUUGUUUCUCACCUUUUUCCCCUGCUCUGCUCUCCCCUUCAACACUGUCUGUCUGGAAAUGCGAGGAUCCUGACGGCUGUUUAGAUUUUUAGACUUUGAGCAGCAGAGUGGCUGCAGAUGGAUUUUGUCUGUUGCUGUACUUUAAAGCAAGAAAACAAACAUCCCAUCACGCCUGCUGUGUACAUAACCAGGAAGAUGCUGAUUCAGAGAUAGUCUAACACUGUGAUGCAUGUACAAGCUGCAUGAGAAGUCAGUUGUCACCUACUUCCUUUCCCAUGUUUCUUAUGCAAAUCUGUCCUUUUCAGAGGUGUUGGUAUACCUUCCUCUUCAGGUUUUGAGACUGAAACAUUAUGAGUUGACAUGCUGCCAGAUUAAGAAAGCAAACGAUUGUCAAGGCAUGCAGCUAUAUAAUGCAUUUAUUGACAAUCAGUGGCAGGACAUCUACAGAAAUGCUUGAUUAGAAAACCCUCGGUAGAAUGGUGCUUCGGCACAAAUAAAUUCCAUUCAACAUUCUGCUCAUGUUUACACAAAUGACUACUGUAUGUUCGAUUUCAUGGCAACAAUCCAAAUUUGUGAGAAUCAGCUUUCUACCAAGACACGUCAUCAAGGAAAAUCUGGAUCUGCUAUAAAAAUGUAAAAAUUCAGUAUUUUGACUUGAUGGCAAAUGACACAUCCCUUCCUCCUUCCGAGACUGGACUAGCUUACAUAUCAGCUGUUGUCAUUAACACAAAAGAUUUUGCAUAUUCAAUUGUCUUGGUUCAUAAUCUUGUUAUAAACAAGUCUUUUACAAAAACAUGA